AUGUCUUUACAAUUGCUAGGAUCAAAAUCUAAAAAAAAAUUCUUAUUCGCCAACAUCAGUCCUAGUACCUCGUCAUUCGCUAGUCUCAGCCUGGCUUAUCAAUGGUACAUCUCUUGUCGCGCCUGCCACAAACAGUGUAAUCGCCUUGUGAAAAGGCCGAGGUGGAUGCCCACGAGACUACUCGAUAUUGGGGUCGAAGGUGACGCUAACUGGAAACUGCAUGUACAAUCACAAGAUGGCUGUAUAUCACCCAACUAUGUAACCUUGAGCUACCGCUGGGGUUCAUCACCAACUCCAAUGUUGACUCAAUCGACGAUAACCGAAUUUCGGCGUGGGAGACCUAUUUGCGACCUCCCUCAAACUUUUAAGGAUGCAAUAGUCGUUGCACGGCGGUUCUCUAUUCGGUACCUUUGGAUUGAUUCUCUCUGCAUUGUUCAAGAUUCUCAGGAAGAUUGGGAGAUGGAGUCGUCGAUGAUGCGGGAUGUCUAUGCAAAUUCAUCUUGCAAUAUUGCAGCGACGGCAUCUGUUGAUCCUCAAGGUGGACUCUUCCGGCCACGACGUCAAGUAGAUGUUCAACCAGGGGUAAUAAAACUAAGCACUAUAAACUCUACAGAACAACCGUUCUUAGUAUACGACAAAUCUUACUGGGAUCGCCACGUUUCUCGUUCAGUCCUUCAUCGGCGUGGCUGGGUCUUUCAAGAACGUCUUCUGGCUCCCAGGGUCCUUCAUUUCACCAAAACUCAAAUCUUUUGGGAAUGCUUCAGGGACCAAAAGUGUGAAGGAUUCCCUCUCGGCACCUUUGUGGAUUGGCCACUCAAAAAUUUCGAAGCGUUGUUCGAGCCAAGACAGAGGCCCUUAUCUCUCUUUGCCUUCAGCACGUGGAACGACCUCGUCGAGGCAUACUCUAAAUGUGCUCUGACGAGACCUGAGGACAAAUUAGUCGCCCUCUCGGGGCUCGCACGUCUUUUUCAAGACAUGACGGGAGAUGAGUAUCUCGCUGGGCUGUGGAGAUCUCGUUUGCCGGAGUCUUUAGGUUGGCGUGUCUACACGCCGACGACCAAGUUGUCAUCAGAUUAUCGCGCUCCCUCCUGGUCUUGGGCCUCCGUUGAUGGCCAGGUUUGGCCAGGUGGAGUUGGAUCCGUUGACACUCAAUUGAUUACCGUAAAGGAAGCGCAAGUCACGCACUCGGGCUUUGAUUCAACUGGCCAGGUCUUAGACGGCUUCAUAAUAGUAGAAGGACUUCUAGUUCAAACUACAUAUCAUCGUACGGGCAAAAGGGGACCAACUUGCCAACUGACGACGGCGGAUGAAGAGAUCUCCGCAAAUGUGUGGAAAGAUGCCUUAGAUACUAGAUUCGAGGACGGCAGCGAAAUGCAUUGCCUUGCCUUGAACGGCACCCCAGACUAUUCAGGAGAUUCGCGCUGCGGAUAUCGACUCAUAGGGUUGAUUCUAGAGCCAGUGGCAGGUCCAUCCGGUGACUACGCACGCAUCGGCCACUUCGACAUAGACAAGAUCGAUGACAUUGAGAAAUUUGGCAUCUCUGUCGAUAAAGAAGAUUUUUUGGUGGCGCAGAUCAACCCCGAUCAGCUAUCCACUGUCAAAAUCAUCUAG